GGGAGAGGGAGAAAGACAUUCCGUUAUACCGGAUCCUCCUGGACUGGCACGCGCUCCGAGUGUGUGUCAGUAUCUGUGUGUGUUUGGGGCAUGAGGGGGUCAGAAGCUGGACGACUUAUGAUUUUCUCCUCUCAGUCGGUUUAAUGAAAGACGCUGGCAGGCGCGCGAGGCACCUGGAGUGGAAACCCUUUUACUGGGACACGCGCUGCCAUUACGCAUCAGGCUACUCCGGCGUGGGAGACUCGUUUCUAGUGGGAAGGCAGAAUCGUUCUGUUCGUGUCUUUGCUGCUGUUUAGGUUUAGAGGAGGACCAGAAGGCAGUCCGGACUCGGGCAGUCUCUCGUGGAGCAAUCAUCAGGGGAAGUUGGCGGUCGGGGCAGCACGUGGACGUCCACUGGUGACAACAACAAGGGGAGUCUUUAUUUGAUCGUGAAUGGAUAUUCGUCAAAGAUCCGCCAAGCAGCACUUCACCCGGAAAUGCGUUCUGUGACGAAGUCCGCAAACAGUUCCAGAAUUAGGGGGGUUCGGUUCGGUUUGUUCCACAGUGUCAAUGGGGAGUGAGUGAGAGACACCGAGUCCUACAAAGGGAGAGGAAGAAGCAAGUGAGAGAGAGAUAAGCAGCGCCUCCCACAGGCCCCCUCCCCUCCAUCCUGCCAUCAUGACCUGGGGGACAACAGCUGGACGCCACAUGGUCCUGAUCAACAUCAUCUCUCUGGUGUUUGUGUUGGAUGUGUGUGUUUGUGAGUCUGAGCUGGGGCCGCCAGACUGGAAGGAACCUCUGGACUGUGUCCGAGCCUCAGAGCUGUGCAACCAGAACAGCCAGUGCAGUUCUCGCUACCGGAUCAUGAGACAGUGUCUGUCUGGUGGGGACAAGGAGCGCAGCACUAUGCUGGCCUCAAAGGAGUGCCAGGGUGCCCUGGAGGUAUUGCAGGACUCACCGCUGUAUGACUGCCGCUGCAAGAGGGGCAUGAAGAAGGAGCUGCAGUGCCUGCAGAACUACUGGAGCAUCCACAUGGGCCUGACUGAAGGUGAAGAGUUUUACGAGACGUCUCCGUACGAGCCCAUCCACUUCUCUGAGGAAUUCAGACAUGCCUCCAUCAUUUCAGACUCGUCUCUGUCCAAAAUGAGCCCCUGUUCUGAGGUAGGGAAGCCCUGUAACCCCUGCCUGGAUGCAGCCAAAGCCUGUAACCUUAACGAGACCUGCAAACGUCUAAGAUCUGCCUACAACUCCAUCUGCAGCAAGGCCACGCCUCCACAGCCUGCCACAGCCAAUCAGGAGCCGUGCAGCAAGAAACGAUGUCAAAAGGCCCUGCGUCAGUUCUUUGAGCGUGUUUCGUGGGAGCUCAGCUACCCACUGUUGUUCUGCUCCUGCCCGGACCAGGCGUGUGCCGAGCGGCGCAGACGAACCAUCGUUCCAUCCUGCUCCUACCAGGAGAGGCACAAACCCAGCUGCCUGGAGCUGCGGCACACUUGCCGCUCAGAUGCCCUGUGCAGGUCUCGGCUCGCUGAUUUCCACAUGAACUGCCAGAUGACGCCUCAUACUGUCACCAGCUGCCCUUAUGACAACUACAACGGCUGCCUCAUGUCCUAUGUCGGCCUCAUCGGCUCAGAUGUGACACCAAACUACAGUGACAACAGCCCCACCAACAUCACCAUCAGCCUCUGGUGCAGCUGCAGGAGCUCUGGCCAUCAGGAGCAGGAAUGUGAUGCCUUCCACCGCGACUUCACACACAACACCUGCCUCAAAAAUGCCAUCUUGUCAUUUGGGUAUGGUUCAGACGGGGUGGCUGCACCUGUAACUGAGCUCCCGUUCACUUUCUUGCCCCCCACCCAGCCACCAAUCACCUCCAAACCUUUCCCCUCUCUACACCAGAGCACCGAGAAUGCCAUCAAGCCCAUGGAAAGUGCUUGUAUGUUCUCCACGUGUGCCAACCUGCAGGAUGGAGGUCAAAAGUGCAUUCCCUCUGAUGACUUUGAGUGUGAAGAGACUCUGUUGGCCCACGGUUCAAUCAACUCCCUGGACUCUGCUGCACCCAAAAGCAGCAGCCAACGUUCAAGUCCACUCCACCAACACAUCCCAGUGACUCUGUGUGUGUUAGUUUCGUCACCAUUUCUACACUACAUCUCGUAAAUGUGAAACAACACACACACACACACACACACACACACACAUAUAU